GACUUGGAGCAGUAUUAUCUCAACUCGAUGAAAAUAAAAAUGAACAUGUUAUUGCAUAUGCGAGCAAAAUCAUAAACAAAGCUGAGAAAAACUACUCAAUUAUAGAUCAAGAAUGUUUAGCAGUAUACUCUCAUGUACCUUUAAUCACUGUAGGAUAUCAAUAUCCUAAGAAUGAAUUGGAAGAUAUUUUUAAAGAAAAUAUUAAGAUUAAGCAAGUUAUGGCUAAUCAACCAAUAAUUAAAGGAGGAUCACAAUAUAAUUAUAGUUGUGACAUUGGAAACCAUCAUAUCCAUACAUAUUGCAAAGCCUGUAAGAGAAAUUUGCCAUAUGGAACAAUUGAACAUCAUUGUAUCAUUGGAUUUAGCCUAGAACAAAUUCAACCGGAUAUGAACCCUAACUAUUUAAUUAAUGAUCUUUAG